AUGAGACCUCCCAAGGAUCUCUCUAACAAAGAUCGAAAUAAGAUUGUGCAGUAUCUUCUUGCAAAUUUGAAGAAUGGCAAGCCUCGGUACGGAGCCAUGAAGGAGGCAGCAUCCAUCUUCAACACAUCACAACGUACGAUUACUCGUCUUUGGGCGGCUGCAAAAAAACAAAAGGAGAAUGGUCAAGAAAUUUAUCUAGCCAAUGCCAAACCAGGUGCAACAAGAAAAAAAAGAAUACAAGUCGACAUAGAGCUCAUACAGAGUCUGGAGCUACAAAAAAGAUCAACCAUACGACGACUCGCAGUGGGGAUUAAUCAAAGCAAAUCAACUGUUUGGAGGUGGGUAAACAAAGGGCUGAUCAGAGCGCAUUCUAGUGCUAUUAAGCCCGACUUAACAGCACCAAACAAGUUAUUGCGACUACGGUUCUCACUAGAGGCUUUGGAAUUUGAUCACAUUAUGUCGGCUGUGAAGUUUAAGACUAUGGACAACACCAUUCAUGUGGAUGAGAAGUGGUUUUACAUCACAAAGGCAUCAAACAGAUUUUACCUAACACCGGGAGAGGGAGAUCCUCACCGCACGUGCAAGAGUAAGGCUUUCAUAAAGAAGGUAAUGUUUGUGUGUGCAGUUUGUAGGCCGGUGUUUUCAGAUUCUGGUGAGUGCCUAUUUGAUGGGAAGAUUGGAAUCUUCCCACUAAUAGAACAACUUCCAGCCAAGAGAAACAGCAAGAACAGACCGGCUGGAACUAUGGAAACAAAGCCCAUACAGUCCGUGACCAAGGAAAUCAUGAAAGGAUGCUACAUAAAUCAGCUUCUACCAGCAAUAUAUCAAAAGUGGCCUGAAUUUGGAAGUAAAUUGAUCUAUAUUCAGCAAGAUAAUGCGAAGCCCCAUAUACUAGACUCCGACCCUGAAUUUAGGGCAGCAGCCACAGCUCAUGGUUUCAACAUAAGAAUAGUUCAACAACCACCGAACAGUCCGGACACAAAUGUGAACGACUUGGGAUGGUUUAGAGCUAUUCAGAGCAUACAAGAAGAGCAUGCAUGUUACAGUUGUGAUGAUCUUGUGAAGGCUGUUGAGGCAUCAUAUGCAGCACUAUCUCCUCACACACUUAACAAAGUUUUCCUAAGUUUGCAAUCAUGCAUGGUAGAGAUUAUGAAACAGCGAGGUCAUAAUGCAUACAAAAUCCCCCACAUGAGGAAAGAUGCACUAAUGAGAGCAGGGGAGCUGCCAAGGGAUUUGGAGGUUUCUAAGAACUUGGUGGAAGAGUGCAUUACUUACUUGACUGAACAUGCACCUAUGAAUUUGGUGCAACAGAUCAUGGAGAAGUUAGGGUAUCCCUUUGCAGAUCAUGGUGCAACAGAAGAAGGCCUAAUCAAUGACUUCCAACAAAGGCACCAGCCGGCCUUAAAGCUUCAAACAAGGCACACAUCAAACAAGAAGGCACCAGCCGGCCUUAAAGCUUCAGACAACAGAGACAUCAACACACGAAGGCACCAGCCGGCCUUAAAGCUUCACACAAGGCACAACAUCAAAACUGAAGGCACCGGGCUGUACAUCACAGCCCGAUACAUCAACAACAAAGAUGGCACCAAGUGGCCUUAA